AGAGCCACAAACAACUGAGCGGUGAGACAAAAGUCGAUUCGAUGUGAAGCCGUUGUUCAUGUUCAGCUCUGUGAUUUUGCUACUGCAAUCUUUUCGUUUUUCUUAAAUUUAUGUAGCAUGGAUAUAAUUAAUCUUGUGAGCGAUGAAGAGGAAGACGCAUUGGGUGUUGCUAUCAAAGACGAACCUAAUACUAUCAGGUGCAAUCCGGAAGAAAGGGGAGAAUUGAUGACGCUUGAAGCGUCUAGUAGCCGGAUGGAGGUUGAUUCUCCUUCAGAAGAACUCCCACCAAGCCCUGAAACUAAUGAUCGCAAUGGAGCUAAUAAGACUCUGACAAAUCCUUUGGAGAGUGUCCAUACGGACAAAACACGUCUUCCAUGCAACAUCUGUGGGGCUUCAUUAAAAAAUAUUCAAUCAUUGAGGUUCCAUCUCGUUUUGCACCGAGAGAAAAUUAAGAAGAAGAAGACAAAACAAAGGAUAGAGCGCAUUUUAGCUGGAGCAACUAAAACUGAUGCAGUAACAUGGAUUGAUCGUCUGACUAAAAAGAAUCUGUAUUGUGCCCAUUGUUGCACUUCCUUCAAAGGAGAAAAGAAAAAGCGAAAAUUGUUGAAGCAUCUCCGAAAGUGCUACGCAAGAAAGGAUGUAUUCAGAUGUAAAACUUGCGGAAAGCAUUUUCCCACGAGGAAUGGACUUGAAAUGCACGAAUGGCACCAUAGUGUCUUCUUUUGCAAAUUUUGCAACAGCAAACAUCGGCGAUUUUCCGACAAAAUUGCACUUUCUGUGCACAUCCAGCAUUAUCACAAAGUGGAAUAUGAGAAUUUGGUCAGAGAGUCGAAAGCUGUACUACAACCAGUACAAUCCAUACAAUCCCCUGCAACGGAUUCGCCUCGCCAGAUAAUUAAUAAUAUUAAAGAGGAGCCUCUUGAUAUUAAAAUGGAAAAUAUGGAGAAUCUUCAAGUGGCUGAGAAAGAUUCUUCUGGCGAACCAUCAACAUCCUUCAAAAGCCCAGAAACACAAAAGGAAGUCCUCAAAGAACCUGAUAGAUCGACUUCCUCUCCUCAUCCACGGCAUAUUUGUGAUAUUUGCUCAGAGGAAUUCCCUGAUCAAACAGAACGGAGGAUUCACAUUAAGGAAGUUCAUUUUGGCAUCAAGAGAGAACGUAGUCUUACGGAGCAAGUUAUUUGCAUUGAUUAAUAUUAUUUUUAGUUAAUUAAUUAAUGAAAUCCAGUUUA